GGGUAGGGUCCUGGCCGGAAGUGACGUCACGAUUCACCUGCUGGGAUUCAGGCAUCGACCGUGGGCAGAGAGAGCGAUUGAUAGAUAGAGCUCGAGACACACUGCGCUCGCUCUCUCACUCUCCCAGCGGCGCACGCGGAUUAUUAACCGUUGGAAGGCAGCGCGAGGACAGGCAGUGCGGGUUGCCAGGUGACCGAACAGGGGCGCGCGGGGGAGAGCGCUCCGUUAUUAUUAUCAUCAUCAUUAUCACCGACCGGGAGAGGGAUACACCCAGCCAAGAGCCGCUCCUUCACCGACACCGGGCUCUCCAGGAUGGCGCUGCCAGCCUCCGCUCUGCUGCUGAUUGUCAGCCUCGGUUCAGUAAUAGCCUUAGAUUUGGUUCCCACCGAUCAGAAAAAGAUAGAAAAACCUGAAGGUGAUCGAGUAACAUUAGAUUGUAAAUUUACUGUUGGGCCUUUAGAUGUUGGAUCCCUGGAUAUUGACUGGGCAUUAGUGGCCGCAGAUACUCAGCAAGAAGAUCAACAGAUAAUUAUGUUCAGCGGAGGGAUGCCAUAUGUAAUAUAUGAUGGGCUAAAAAACAGAGUACAUUUUAAUUCCACCGAUCCCGCAAAUGGUGAUGCAUCCAUAGACAUUAUUAAUUUAAAGUCUAGUGAUACCGGUACUUAUCAAUGCAAAGUGAAGAAAGCUCCUGGUGUGCAAAGUAGAAAAAUUGUUCUUUCUGUAUUUCUUAAGCCAGCAAAAACAAGGUGCUCUAUUGAAGGAUCACAAAAAAUUGGGAAUGACCUCGCCUUUAAAUGUGGAUCAAGUGAAGGAACUGCCCCCCUUACAUAUGAGUGGCAAAAACUCACCGGCUCACGAUCGCUUCCUAAAGGAUCAGUAUUGGAUGAAUCAACUGGUGUCCUUACUGUCAAAAAUGUUUCUCAAGAACACAGUGGCACAUAUAAAUGCUUUGCCAGGAAUCGGGUUGGUAAUGAUGAGUGUAUGGUCAGACUGGAUGCUGUUCCUCAUUCAAAUAUUAGUGGAAUAGUUGCUGGUGCAAUAAUUGGAACAUUAUUAAGUCUCGGGCUUGUGGGACUUCUGGUAUAUUUUUUCUGCAAGAAGAAAAAAGAGAAAAAAUAUGAGAAGGAAGUACAGCAUGAAAUCAGAGAAGAUGUCGCCCCUCCUAAAAGCCGCACCUCAACUGCUCGCAGUUAUAUCGGGAGCAAUCAUUCUUCAUUGGGAUCGUUGUCCCCAUCAAACAUAGAUGGAUACUCCAAAUCUCUCUACAAUAAAGUACCUAAUGAGGAUCAAGAACGUCCCCCAAGCCAAACACCAAACUUCAUGUUGCCUAAGGUAGCUGGUCCAAAUCUGAGUAGAAUGGGAGCCAUUCCUGUGAUGAUUCCAGCACAAAACAAAGAUGGUUCAAUUGUGUAAAUGAUAAAAUGGUCACUUAGUCUACAGAUGUGUGUGAAGGUUUGCAAAUGUACAAUUAUCCCAUCUAUAUUUUUAUUUGCCUUGGCAGCACCACUAUAUAAUUUGUAUUGUCAUUUUAUUUUUUUCCUAACAUGCCCCCGAUGUUGGUAAAAUAUUGAAAGCAGAAAAGUGAAAUUGGACAUAAAUAGCAUGCAAUUUUCACAAAUUAUGUGGGUUCCUCCAGUUAUUUAAAAAUUGGCAAACCUAACUUAUUUACGUUUCAGAAACUUAAAAUUGAGUUUAUCUUGAUAUAGGCUGCCCCCUCCUUUUCCCUUUUUUAUUAUGUAUAUGUGCUGUUAUUGGGUUGAAAACCAUUUAACUGGACUUUGUUUUUGAAAUACAGUUAUGAGUUUGUACUCUUAUUUGAGUUUUUUUUUUUUUGCCAGUCCAGUAUUAGAUUUGCAUGUAUAGCUCUGUAUGAUUUUGAGAACGUUUAAAGUACACGAGACAAGCUUGUGUCUGUUUGCAGCCUCUACUUGCAUGAGUUUUGGGUAUGCUUGUUGAAGUGCAGGAAAGAGUUAAGUGUUGUACUUUAAUUUAUGUCUCCAGAUUAUUUACCAAUGGAAAGGUGAAAGGGGUUGGGUUGAAAUACACACUAAUCAAUCACAAGUUAUAAACAAUAAAAAA